AUGAAAUCCAUCUCGCCAGCCCUCUUCGCACCCCUCGCUACUGCUGGGGUCAUCAAUCCGGUCAAGAUAGGCAACAUCGACACUGCCCGUCUCCUCUCCUGGCAAACGCAGACGCCCUGCCCGCCGCCACCGACUCUGCAGCCACACUCCGCUCUCGACAAGGUCCGGUCUACAGUAACCUCCCAGACACAGUCCAGCUAUCCAACCCACCCCCCCCUCCUUCCCGCGGCCGAGCAGUGCUACACCCUCGCCGACCCUCGCCAACCAGAUCUCGUCCGCCGCCGCCGCCGCGCCGGACCCAGUUCCCCAAGAUGUUCCCCUGCACCCUCUCCACGGAGCCGGGCUGCCGGCAGAGGCAGAGGCAGGGGCAGACGGACGGACGGCGCGCGCGACCUGCGGUGGUCGGGGAAUGCCGAUGUCCGGACUGUCGGCAUCGAUGACAGCAUUCGCUGUGGGGUGGGGGGCUGA